ACGCAGAAGCCGUUCAUUGUGCGGAAAAUUUGCGAUUUUCGAUAGUUAUAUGCCAUUUAAUGGCUAAACGGUACUAAAAACGUAAUUUUGAAGUGAUUUAGAAUCAGUGCAAGAUGGAAACAGUGCGAGUUUUUAAUCAAGAGCUCUCGGGGCUGUACGAGUCGAAGCCGCCGAUCUCGAAGGCCAAGAUGGCCUCGAUCACACGGAGUGCAAUGAAGGCCAUAAAGUUCUACAAACACGUCGUGCAGAGUGUGGAAAAGUUUAUCUCCAAGUGCAAGGCGGAGUACAAGAUUCCCGGUUUGUACGUGAUAGAUUCAAUCGUGCGCCAGUCGCGGCACCAGUUCGGUCCGGAGAAGGACGUUUUUGCGCCUCGCUUCGCCCGCAACAUGGAGCAAACAUUUGCGCACCUGUUUCGCUGUCCACCGGAAGAUAAGAGCAAAAUCAUCCGUGUACUGAAUCUGUGGCAGAAGAACAUGGUAUUUGCACCGGAGGUGAUCCAACCGAUGUUCGAUCUAGCCAACCCGGAGCAUCCGCUUCACCUGCAGUACAAUGCGGCAAUGGCGGCUGCCGGUGCAAGCGGAGCCAGUGGUGCCGACCAGUCCGGUGCAGCGAACGGCAUGAACACGUCGGUGUUGUCCCACGAUUCACCGGGUCCAAUGAGCCACGAUGAUCAUGGCAAUUCGACGCAGGCUUCCGAUACGAAACCGUUGGAUCCAAAUACCAUCCGGCAGCUGCAGCAGUUCCAGCAAAUCCUGAUGCGUCAGACUAGCGGUGGUGACAGUUCGCUGGGCGGUGGCAAAGAUCAGGUCAAAUUCAACAAAAAGCUGUUGGACUUCGACUACGGCAGUGAGGACGAUGACGACAAGAACUCCCCGUCGCUUCCGUCGACAACGCUGCCCGAUGGCAGCAACAUUGCGGCCAUUCUGUCCGAUCCGAACGUGCUGAAACAGUUGCAGAACCUGCAGAAGCUCAAGCAGCACGAAAUGGAGGAGAAGCAAAGCAAGCUGACCGAGAUGCGCCUGCAGGAGGAAAAGUUCGAGAAGCAUCUGGCCAGCGUACUCAAGGUGGCUAGCACUAUUAAUACCCAACAGCAGCUUAUCGACAAACUUCCAUUUGCCAACGAGUGCGACCUAAGCCGACAGCCGCCGAUCGAUCUGACGCCGGCCACUCCUACUGGUAAGGAUACCGCUGGAAAUGACGACUUCGAUGUGGUUACAGAGGUAAUCAGCGAUACGCGCAGUUCGUCACCCCGCAGCACGGUUCCGGAUCAGUACCAGAAGUCCAGCGCCCCAUCGCGCCGCCGGAAGAGCCGAUCCCGCUCGCCCAGGGACCGGCGCGACCGAGACCGGGGAGGCCGCCGGCGGACCCGUUCCAGAUCGCGCUCUCGCAGUCGGUCGCAUUCGCGGGGACGUGGCCGUGGAGGACGAGGCUCGUCUCGUGACCGGGACCGGGCAAGCCAGAAGGACAAGGAACGUGACAAGGAGCGGGAACGAGAACGCAAGAAGCGCGGACUGCCGGAAAUUAAGAGGGAACAUCUCAGUGUGUGCAGUACAACGCUGUGGGUUGGCCACCUUUCCAAGCUGGUGCAACAGGAGGAGCUAUCCGAUACGUUUGGAAAAUAUGGCGAUAUCGUUAGCAUUGAUUUGAUCCCACCGCGUGGAUGUGCGUUCAUUGUAAUGAACCGUCGCCAGGAUGCGCACAAAAGCAUGCAGAGCUUGAAAAGUCACAAGAUGCAUGGUCGUGCGAUAACCAUUUCCUGGGCUACCGGUAAAGGUGUCAAGAGCAAAGAGUGGAAAGAUUACUGGGACAUCGAUUUAGGUGUCAGUUACAUUCCGUGGAACAAACUGAAUCCCAAUACCGACCUGGAGAGUUUGGAAGAGGGUGGCAUGUUCGAUGAAGACACCAUGCCUCAGUGGAUGAAAGACAAGCUGGCUAGCGAUAGUAAGCAAAAAGACGUCGAUACUCCGCCGGCGAGUAUCGUGAAUCCUUUGUACGGCGUCGAUACCAGUCAACCGCCUCCUGCUGCUCCGAUUAUGGGUAUGCCGCCCGGCAUACCGGCACCGUUCCCGAUGGGUGGUGUUCCGAGAUUACCGAUGAUGGGUCUUCCGCUCGUACCGGGUCUCGGAAUGAACGUUCCACCGCCGAACCUGCUGAUGGGUGCCGCCGCCGGCGGUAUGAACAAUCCGCCUCCGCUGCCCAUGGGGGCCGGCUUCGGCGUGCUACCGCCUCCUCCUCCGGCACACAUCGGCGGAGGUAUGGCUACCGGCGGUGACGAGAUGGACAUCGAAAUGGAAGACGAAACCCCCAAUCACGGACCGGGUCCCAACAUACCGCCACCGAUGCAUCCGCAUCCGGCCGGUAUGCCACCGGCUAAUUUGCCAUUCUUUAAUCAGCCCCCGCCGCCAUUGUUGCCGCCGAAUCCAGCAGCAGCAGCCGCAGCAGUAGCUGCUGCUGCAGCUGCCGUCGGAGGGAUUCCGUUCGGUGGAGGAAAUGAUGAUGAUCGGGAACAGAAUAGGCACCGCCAGCAGCAGGCUGGCGGGGGGCGUAAUCGUGAAGAGUUUGAUCGUCGCGGUAGUCGUGACCGCGAGCGAGAGCGAGAUCGUGAUCGUGGCGAUCGGGAUCGUGAACGGGACCGUGGAGGACGUGGUGGAGAUCGGCGUGACUUUAGCAAUGAUCGUGACGGAGGAGGUGGUGGUGGUGGUGGAGGACGUGGUAGAAGAAACUUCCGCGAUGGGAAUGAAUCCCGUGGCGAUUCCAGUGAGCCCCGUAGUGAUGGGAAUGAACGUGCCGAACGUUCCAGUCGUUGGGGUAAUAAUGAGCGUAACCGAGGUGGUCCACCGCAAGGCGGUCCCGGUGGCCCAGGGGGUCCCGGAGGUCCUGGUGGUCCUGGUGGGGAUGGUGGCGCACGCGAUGAUAGGCCUCUGUCGGAGCGAUUGCGUGAAUUGGCGGAAAGAAGCGCCGGGGAAGCAAGCGGAGGUCAACCGCCGUUCGGCGGUGGAGGCGGUGGUGGUGGCGGAAGGAAUUUCAGAGGUGGACGAAACAUGAAUAAUAAUGAUGGUGGUGAUGAUUUUAACCGCGGCGGAGGAGAAGACUUCGGACGUCGUGGUAAUUUCCAGCAGGGUGGGCGGUUCAAUAAUAACAACAAUAAUAACCAGCGUGGUGGCGGCCGGUUCAACAACCGUGGUGGUCCAGGAUUCAUGCAGAACCGACGAGGUGGCGGUGGUGGUGGUCCAGAAGGCGACAUGCAACCAAUGAAUAUUAUGGAGCUGCUGAAUAUGAAUUUGUUCCCUAACAAUGACCAACAGCAAGGAUGUGAUGAUGACGACCAGCAACAGCAAUUCUUUGACCGUGGAGGUGGUCAAGGUGGUGGUGGAGGUGAUUUCAAUAAUCGUCGCUCGAAUAAUUGGAAUGAUGGAGGAGGCCGUGGUGGUGGUAAUCGUGGAGGACGUGGUAAUUGGAGAGAUAAUAACGACGGUAACAACGGCGGUGGCGAUAAUAACGAUAGACAAGGAGGUGGUCGUUUUGGACGCCGUGAUCAAAGAAACCAAAAUCGUCGCGGUGGUGGCGGUCGCGAUGGCGGCGGCGGUGGCGGUGAUCAUCAGGACGAACAACCACAACAGAACUGGGAUCAGCCACAGCAGCAAUCCGGUGGCGGUGGUGGUGGUCGUGACCGCGGUGGUAGAGGAGGAGGCAAUACUGGAAAGAAGUGGGACGACAUCGAUGAUUCAUGGGAUACUGAGGCGGAUAUGGUUCCGAUUCCAGUCCACCAUCCAAAGCCACAGCAGUCGUCACGCGGCAAUGAAUCACAACAUCGUGAACAGCAACAGCAUGAGGACAAACAGUCUCAUUCCCCACAACAUCAGGGCUCACAGCAGUUCGAACCAGAUCAAAACGAAAGACAAAACGUAAGCGAGCAACAAGGUGCUGGCGACGUCCCAGCUCCAUCGCAAGCUGAGGAAAGAUCACAAGAACAACCCCAUCAGGACCCGGAGCCACCAAGAAAGCGCGGAGGAACUCCGCUGUUCGAUGAAAGCCGUGACAUUGUCAGAAAUCCUAGCCCACCGAGGCAAGAACCUGAACCAGAACGAGAAUGGCGACAACCAUCGCCAGUUCAGGAACAGCAGCAUCAGGCCGCACCUCAGCUGUACUCGCCAUCACCGCCACCCCAGGCACGGGAAGCGGAAUCUGCUGCUCCAGCUCCAGCUGUAUUUAGUAACCCAGAGCCACCAGUGGAACAACCGAACCCGGAACCGGCACCGGCACCGACUCAAGUCGCUGAACCGCAAGAAGCUGCUCCAUCUGAAGCACCCGCAGAUGAUGCUUGAAUUGUGUAACCUGAAGACACACAAAGCAGGUAUUCAAUAUGGAAACAAAAUUAAAAUUGCAAGUUUUUUCAAAUAGAUGUCUAGAACUAAUUGCAAUAGCUAAAUUCUCUCAUCUUGCAAAGUGAAGGUCAUUUAAUUUGUUUUUGAACUACCUAAUCAAUUGUUUUUCUUUGUUUUCUAAAGAGUUAAUCCCAAAAGGUUUGAAGGAUUAACUUACUUUCGGAUUUUAAAACUUAUUGAAACGUUGAAUAGGGCCUGCAUAUAUUUAUUAGUCAAUCAAUCGCAAUGAUUUUUUUUUCAUGCAAGCAAAAAUUGAUGAAAUUACACCUACCUUUUUGAUGAUGAGAACGUAGAGGAUAUAAUAGUUUGAAUUUAGUAGUUUUUACUCACCCAAAUCGGAGAAGUGCGCAUUGAAAUAAACACACACUUCGACUACCAACCAACUAUUUCUAUAUAUAUACGCUAAUCUUUGAACAAUGUUUAUCGAUAACUGAAAUCAAGGAAUUCGGUCUGUGAUAUUUUGUGCAAGUGAAACCUUUUAGUAGUUGCAUUUUAUCAUCAUUUUUAGUUCAGGUUGUGAAAAAUCGUUCAUAAUUGGACUUUAGAUAAGACGCAAAAAAAAGAAAACGGAAGAAAUAAAUCAUUGAAGAGAUUAUAACCGGGAAGUUUGCUUGUUUGCCGUCAAAGUAAAAAGAGCAGAAAGAACAGAACAGGAUUAGAACUUAAAGCUAGCUAACUAACUGUCACGAAAUUAGUGGAACGAAGCGCUAAAGGUAGGUGUUUAACCAUCUCUGCGUGGGAAACUCGCCGAGGGACGAAGCCACAUCGCGUUCGUCUACUGCCAGCAGUCGGAGUCGGAGAGAGGAGUUGGAAGAAAUAGACUCGCGCUUGCACUCGAGUUGAGUGACUUGUGCAAGGUACUGUGAACAAAGCUUUUGCCCCCUAUAUUGGUAUCAUCAGAUGAUUUUAUUACGUUUGUUAGGUUCUAUAACUGUAUGUAUUACAAGCAAAAAUGUAUAAUAGUAAUUACGUAAGCAAAUGCCGAAGAUUUUUCAACCGGAUUGUGGCAGAAAAAAUUGCAACAGGCAAACCGUACUAGACAGGAAAUGAUGAAAAUGCACUACCUAAAUGACACGAGAUCGCAAAAUAUCACAAUGACUACAACAGUUUUUGACCAUAUUUGAUCGCACGCAUAUAGUUAUAUAUCUGCUCCCUACUGAAGGGACAAUCAUGGAUAGAUAACCUUUUAUAACGAUAAGCAACAACAUAUUUCAACAAUAAAUAAACAUCUUUACG